UGAUCUACUUUUUUAUUAGUUCAAUCUAUUUCAGUUUGUUAAAAUAUUAGUUCAUAUAUAAAUCAAAUCGGUUAAUGAAAAGUGAGUUUUAUGUAUUUUGAAUUAGUAUUUUAAUUAUUAAAAAUUAUCUAUUUUUUUUUAAUACAUACUAAAUUUUAUACUAUAGAAAAUGUUAAAAUUUCUAAAUUAGCUUGUUUGCUCUUGAAAUCGAAACCUCCCCACAAAUUGGGACAGCGGGAGUAAUUUCAAUUUUGCUAUUUGAAAAAACAGAGGAUUUUCCGUUGGGGUUUAACCGGAUCGGGCCUUUUCAUCUCCGAACCAAAGUACCAACAGAUUUCAGCUCAACAGCCAUUAGUUAUGGACCACUUUGGAGGAGGAAGUUGGACAAUGAUCCCCAACAUCCAAACUCACAGUAAUCCUUCGACACCCUCCAAUCAAGACAAUUUAUUUCUUCAGCAACAGCAAUUUCAACAACAACAGUUCAUUCAACCGCAGCUCUAUCAGCAACAACAGCAGCAGCAGCAGCAACAACAACAACGGUAUCAACAACAGAUGCAACAGCAACAAAUGCAGCAGCAGCAACAGAUGCAGCAGCAGCAAAUGCAGCAACAACAACAACAGCAGCAGCAAAUGCAGCAACAACAACAACAGCAGCAGCAGCAACAACAACAACAGCACCACCAAUCACUUGCCUCUCACUUCCAUCUUUUACAACUGGUGGAGAAUUUAGCUGAUACAAUUGAAAAUGGAAAUCGAGAUCAGCACUCAGAUGCAUUGGUAACUGAAUUGAAAAAUCAGUUUGAGAAGUGCCAGCAGCUGUUGACAUCAAUAUCAGGGUCUAUUAGCUCAAGAUCUAUGACAGUUGAGGGACAAAAGCGCAAAAAGGCAGAGUGCGAACAAAUGCUAAAUCAGCGAAGGGAUCUUAUUUCGAGGUACAAAGGCUCAGUUGAGGAGAUUAUUAACUCUGAACUAUAGCUCAUACUCGCAUUUUAACCAAGGUAAAACACACUAGCAAACUUCUCCGAGCAUUAGCAUCAUCAUUGUCAUGAGGAAUUUGCAGAAGAACAUUAAAUUCGAGCUAGCGAUGAUGAAUCCUCGAGACUCCAUCAUCAGAUAUGUCUUUAUCAUGUAUUUCCUACAAAACCUAUUUAGUGUUUUAACCUUGUUUGGAUGCAAAUGAUUGCAUCUUCCGCCAUUUAUUUCUAUGAGACUAGACAUCUAGAACUGUUUCCUUUUUUGACCUGUUGACUGCCUUAGCUCUAUUACAAUCAUCAAACCUUAAUUGGAGUUUGCUGGUACCAAUGGUUAGGAAGAGCUACUACACUAGGAAGGCGGCCAAGAUAGAUGACCUACACACAAAAAUUAAAUAAUUCGUAUCGGCAUUUAUAUCAAAUCUCUGUAUGUAUUUGAAUGUUCGUUUAUAAUUGUAAGAUGAAUGUCAUUGAUUUGAGCAAAUAACAGUCGUUAGAAUGGGAUUGUUAA